UUUUUAACACUGGCCGCGGUGUCCUGGAAUCAGCCGCGCACUUUCCCCCCGCCCUUCCCUUCCCUCACGUGUUCAUCGUUCUCCCUUAAUCUCUCUGCUAAUCUAUAUUCUAUCCCCUCUGGACAACCUACUGACUGCCGCUCCCCGUUGGCUGCUAGCAUCUUUGCCUAUUUGGACGAGUGAUUUGAUUACUCGUCCCAGAACGGAACAAUGAAUUAGCACUGGUACCACCCACCACUAGCACGGCAGCACCUGACGCUAGCGGCGACCCGGCCAUUGACCUCAGACCAAAGUCUUGCGGAUCCGAUUCGCUUCCGGUCUCGCCCCCGGUACGAGUUCUUGGUCUCUGUCCGGAUUCGUCUGCGGGUCGCGAGUUCGCCGGGCGAGCGAGCGCGAUGCAGCAGCAAGGUUUCGAUAUACAAAAACUACAGCAGGAAGUGAAGACGCGGUGGCUGAAGCCUCCAGAGGUUCUGAAGAUAUUACAAAAUUUUGAGUUGUUCCCAGUCCAACAUAAACCCCCCCAGAAGCCACCGAGUGGUUCUUGGUUUCUUUUCAACCGUAGGGUGCUUCGGAACUUCCGUAAUGAUGGGUAUGACUGGCGGAGAAAGAAGAAUGGGAAGACCUUCGCUGAAGCCCAUGAGUACCUUAAGGUUGAUACUGUGAAGGCACUGAAUUGCUACUAUGCCCAGGCAGACAAAAAUUCUACAUUUCAGAAGCGGAUAUACUGGAUGCUUGAUCCGGCUUAUGAGCACAUUGUCCUUGUCCACUAUAGAGAUAUUUUAGAGGGUAGCAUUUCUGUAUCAGUGCUAAAUGACUCGUCGACAUCCAAUCAGAAUGGCAGUGCUAGCAGAGCUGAUGCAUACGGUUCACCAGGGUUGACUAGCGAGUUAAUUGGACAGCGUCUCAAUUCUUGCAGCCCUGGAUCCGGGGAAGAAGUUAGUUCCCAGAUUGCGACCAUAAACAAUGAAACAACUAAUACAAGUCAAUUUGAUUGGUUACGGAUGCUUGAAAUGCAGCUUAGUCUGGAAAACAAGGAGCGUCAUGAUGUUAAUACUGAUGAGGUUCUGCCAAAUGACCCUAUUCCUGUGCAUGAGAUUCGUAAUGAAGAACUAGACACUUGUACAAACAAUGUAGAUAUCUUUAAUAGACUGGAGCCUAUUGAAGACAAUCAUGCCGAAGGAAGCCAUCUUUAUCCCAAUGCUAUUGAUGUACUGAAAAAUUCCGAUACAUGGUUGGACGAGGACCAACUUGAAUCUAUUCUGCAGUCAGCUCCUGUGAUAGUUAAUGAAAGCCAAUGGUUCCAUAUUCAUGAGGUUUGUCCAGAAUGGGCAUUUUGUUCUGAUAGUACAAAGGUUGUCAUUGCAGGAGACUUCCUUUGCAACCCCUCCAAUAGUUCAUGGGCAAUAUUAUUCGGUGAUGUUAAGGUACCUGUGGAAAAUGUCCAGGAAGGUGUCAUCCGUUGUCAUACUCCACCAGAUCUUGGUGCUGGAAAGGUGAGAAUGUGCAUGGUUGAUGAGAAUGAGAAACCCUGCAGUGAAGCUCGAGAAUUUGAAUUCGUUGAAAAGCCCAUCAAAAGUACGAUUGAUGGGAAUGGCAAAUCCUGCAGUGAAGCACGAGAAUUUGAAUUCCAACAGAAGCCUGGCAUAAGUGGUGAUGGGUUGUCGUUGCUUCUCAACUACGUGCAGAUGCUUUUUGAUGGUCAUGGUUGUGGACUCUUCUCAAAGUUCAGGUUACCACUCCCAGAUGUUCAGUGUGGGUUCCAAGUUGACCCCUCAGAUAUUAUAAAUAGAACAUGUGAGAAACUGGACCAUGAGACCACAGUAACUUGUGUCAUGGAAGUAAUGCUUAACAACAAGUUCGAAGAUUGGUUAUCAUCCAAAUCUGAACAGAAUAGUGAAGGAAAUUAUUUGCUUCCUAAGAAAUACCAUGGUGUUAUACAUACAAUUGCUGCAUUGGGAUACGAUUGGGCUUUGAAACCACUGCUUAGUUCUGGUGUACCUAUAAACUACCGUGAUGCAAAUGGAUGGACUGCUCUGCAUUGGGCUGCACGUUUUGGCAGGGAACAAAUGGUCGGGGUUCUUCUUGCUGCAGGGGCUGCUGCUGGUGCACUUUCAGAUCCAACAUCGGAAGAUCCUGUUGCCAAGACACCUGCUUCUAUAGCGACUGCAUAUGGUUUCGAUGGCCUUUCUGCAUUCCUUUCAGAAGCACAGCUAACCACUCAUCUUCAUUCUCUGGAAUCAAAAGAAAAUGGGAAUCCCAUAGAUCAUACUCUUGGAGAGGGUAUAUCUAAUGCUGUGGUUAGAAUAUCAGAUAAAUGUGCCCAUGUGGAUGGCGGAACUGACGAUCAGCUUGCACUUCAGGAUUCUCUAGGGGCUAUCCGGAAUGCUGUUCAAGCUGCUGGGCGCAUACAAGCUACCUUCCGUGUGUUUUCCUUAAAAAAGAAGCAUAAAAUGGCACUUCGUGAGGCAGGUGCUGCUUCACGUGCUAUGCUUGACAAAGCUGCAAUGUCUAUCCAAAAGAACUUCAGGUGCUGGAAAAAACGUAAAGAAUUUCGGAAAGUUCGAAAAUAUGUUAUCAAGAUACAAGCACGGGUCAGAGCUCACCAGGAACGAAAGAAGUACAAGGAAUUACUUCAAAGUGUUGGCAUCCUUGAGAAGGUCAUGCUAAGGUGGUUCCGAAAGGGUGUUGGUCUGCGAGGAUUCAAUACCACGGCGAUGCCAAUUGAUGAAGACGAGGGAGAAGACAUUGCCAGGGUUUUCCGGAAGGAAAGAGUGGAAACAGCUGUCAAUGAGGCUGUUCUGAGGGUUUCAGCAAUCGUUGGUAGUCCUCUUGCUAGGCUCCAGUAUCGCAGGAUGCUCGAAAUACACCAACAGGCAAAGCAUGCCCAUGAAAAGUCUGUUAGCUGAUGUUGAUGACAGUCUCCAGUCAGCACGUGUUAGCCACCAUGUCAAAGAAAAAGCACUGGCCAGCCACUAUCAUAUGUCCUCCCCCUUGUUAAAUGAUCUGGAAAGCAGUUGGCUGCCUGAAGAACAGUAAAGCCUGGGUGAUCAAUUGGGCAGUGGAUCCUGUCAAGGCAGACAAAUUUAUCAUGAAAUCCAGUACCAUCACCACUCGCUGAAAAUGUUGCUUCACUGUACAUAAAACCCCCAUGUGCAUAAGCUGACUUUUUGGGUAAAGUUUAGAAAGGUGUAAGGUCUCUGUAUAUGAUGAAGCUUCAGAAGCUUAAAUACCAGCUGCUUUGCGUGAUGUUGUAUGUACUAGCUUUCACAUUUGCUAGGUCUGUACAUGACAAUAAAUGUAUGAUAAAUCCAUAAACGCAAGUCAGUUGCAAUUGAGAAGUACUCCUUUCGUGUGCA